AUGUCCCUCCAGGACGACCGCGUGGCGUCGCUCCGGGAGGAGGAAGAAACCAAGGACCACGUGCCCGAGAGUGGCACGGGCCGUAGUUGGCGUGGUGCGCCACGUAACCCUGGCCGCGUGGGUCAAGGCUACGGUCAGCGACCAUCAUACGCCGCAGCGGUCAAUGGCGUCCAGCAACGGGCGGCGCAAGCAUUGCGCCACACGUUCGUGCGCCUACUGCCCGAGCCCGCGGCGAUCCGCGAGCUCAUUGAGCGUAACACGUUGGCCUACGCAAGCUUCGACGAGCGCCUCGCGCUCAUGAAGACGCACUUGCCGAUCCUGCCAGUGGUCGCGAAAGUGCCAGUUUGGCUCAAGGGGGGCAAGGAGUUCGCCAACUACUCGAACCAAGAGAUCACGGACGAGUUCUUCUCGGCCAACAACAACGACGUGUGGAUGCCGCUUUUCCCGCGGAUCCCCAUGAUCAACAAGACCAACGACGGGUCGCUCGUGUUUUCGGUAACGGACCACGAGACGCGCGUGGAGAUGCUCCACAAAUCCGUCGAGCUGUUCGGCGACACUUACAAGUUCACGGCCUCGGCCGACGAAGAGCGCGCGGCCCUCCUCGCCCCGUACAUGUUCAUGGACGUGGCGGCCAUCCGUGUCGGAUUUGAGGAAGACGAGGUGAUGCGCGCGUUGGACAAAUUGGGGGUCGCGUCGCUCACGCAUGCGUACAACCACACGAUCAAGGAAAUCCCGACUAACCACGGCACGUCGUGGCGCCUUUACUUGGCGCAUCCGGAGCUUCCCGCGACAAUGCUCGUGGACGGGCAGGUCCCCGACCACAUUCUCUACAAAAAUGUCCGAUACCCCGUCUAUUUCAAGGGCUACACGCGACCGGCGGGUGACCGUCUGCAGCGCCAUGGCCUCAAUUUGGACCGAGCGCUGGCGCCCAAGCGAGCCGCGCCACAGACGGAUGCCGAGCGCCCGCGUCAGCGCCCCAAGAGUGCCAAAAGCCAGCGUGCCGCAGGCGGGCAACCGUGGAUGAGCACGCCUGGUCGGAACUGGGCCUCGGACUCAGAGACGGAAAAAGACUCGGAAGGAUUCGAGCGAGUCGGUCGUCGUGGCGCCAAGCCUGCGAAAGGGGCGCGAGCCCCGCCACCGAUCGGCAUCUCGGACAACAUGUACUCCUUCCUCAAGAACAUGAAGGUGGACUACCGGCGCAUGAAGACGGCAGAAGGCCAUCCUCUGCCGUACAUUGGGGCGCGGCCCCACAUUCCCGCAGUCCUCCCCGCGAACGCCACGGCGACCGAGAUGGACUUCAACGAAUCGGAUGCGCUCGAAUGGGACGUGGAUGCCAUGUCGGUGGAGCGAUUGACCGAGAUUCUCCAAGAAACAACUACGGAUCGCGCCACGAAAGGCGUCGAGGAACUUCAAGCUCCAGGCAAGUCCGAAGCUGAGAUUCUCGCCGACGCCGACGAAUUUAUUCAGACCUUCAACCCGGAGGGGGUUUGGCACCAGAUGACAGAUCGCGGCGGCAGCUUCCUUGCUGCAUUGAGCCUCGACCGCCUCCAGGGGCUGGCCAAGAUGCACAUGUGGCUCCGAUGGGUCGCGGCCACCGACUUUCCGAGCAUCACAGACAACUUUGAGGAGUCUUUCAACGACUAUGUGGACAACAAGUGGACCACUGAGGACCGCUUUUCUAUGACCACCGCGGACAUCUUCCACCCCGAGGCGUCGAUCCCAGGAGCACAGGAUCUUCUGGACAUGGAACACGCGCUCGCUGGCUUUGAGCUGAUGGUCGCUGCCACGGCACCCGACUUGUUUCCACGGGAUGAAUGGCUGGUGGCGAUCACUCAACACCGUAUCUUCCAUUUACACACCUGCUACGGAGACCGAAUGGUGCAACCCAAUGUGCUGCUACGCGUGCUACGCUCACCCGUGGGUGGAGCAGUGCUGAACAUCUUCACAAACCUUGGAGAUCUCGGCAUUUUUCGCACGCUACGCGAGCUCCGGAAUGGCACGUUCGAGUACCCGGACGACGGCGUGUACAUGCUCAACCAGCAGCGUCUGCUCAUUUUGGUACCAUCCGAGGACACCUCGCCACAGAGCGAAGCCGCCGACGAAGAUGAGUACGAGGAUGAAGAGUGUGACGACGAGGACGAGUAA